AACAAAAGAUUAAGACUGCAGCCGGUGCGGCGGCUUCUGCUUCCCACGCGACACUUGAAAUCUUUAAUUUUUUUUUUUUUUUUUGGUCUUAUAGUUUUAUAUUUAUUUAAUUGUGUUUUAUCAUCUCGUGCGGUUAUUCUUUGAAACGUAAUGUCAUUAUGGUCUUUUUUUAUGCGACGAACCGCUGCCGCUGCGCAACCAGUCUCCUGAUCUGCCUCCUGCGCUUUUUGCCGCAUUGGAUUUGAAGGCGAAGCAGCGGAGAGCCCGAAAUGGACCCAGUUUCUAGAUUGUUGCCACCUUUUUCUGUCGCUGUUGUGUUUUAUUAAAGGGGAACAAAUAUCGUUUUAUCUGGGCAGAGAAGAGGAGCCGCAGCUGGGAGAGGGACCCGUCAGUCAGUCAGUGGAGCUGACCCGAAGGACAGCGGUCAGGAUCCACAGCCCUGCUGGAUGAUGGGUAACCAUAAUGGGAAGGACGGCCAAGCCUCGACAGGUUCCCCUUUAGAUUUCUACCACACACCUCCUACCUCCCCCUCAGAGGCAGACCUGGCUGCCAUGGCCGCAGCUUCAGCCGAUAACACGAAGACUCCCUCACCGGCUGCCAGCAUCACCCCCUGCUCCUCCACCUCCACCUCCCAGCUCCCGGACUGGACGCAGAAGCCCUCGGCCCCCUCGGAGUGGGCAGUGAUCGGCGUGGACGUCUCCUCGGACACCAGCUGGAGCGAUGCGGCAGUGGGACAGGAGAAGGCGGCGGCCGGGUCGGAAGGUUCGAGCUCGCUGCCCUCGUCCAGAGAAACGCCGGCGGAGCAGAGCUGGGGGGAGAGGGACAGCGGGAUGGAGCCACAGGCUGCAGCAGAGACAGACGGACACGAGAUGACCUUGGUUCUGCUCAGCCUGAUGGAGCACUACAGAGCUCCGCUGAGAUUAACCCCCAACACUGAUCUAACCUCAGGAGCUGUAGAGAUGCUGAGACGUUUGAUAACAGAGAGGGAGGAGCUGCUGGAGGAGCUGGAGACACAGAAGGAGACACUCAGGGCAGAGCGGCUGGAGUGGCAUCAGUUCCAGAGCGACCUGCAGAUUGCCGUUUCUGUGGCGGACCGGCUGCGGGUGGAGUCGGAGCACGCGCUCGCCUCGCUGCAGGAGAACCACCGAGCCGUGGAGGAGAAGCUGGCUCAGGCCCUCCGCAGACAGCAGGAGACGGAGCGAGAGCUGGAAAUCCUGAGAGACGAGCACAGAGACGUCCGCUCCAAACUCAACGAGCUGAUGGCGCAGCUGCAGCAGAAACGAGCAGAGCUGGCUCAGCUGAGGAAGACCUGCAGGCUGAAGGACGGCCACGAGGACGAAGAAGAGCCUGUGGAGAGUCAGCAGGAGGAGGGAAGGCACAAAGGUCCAGAAAAACCCGAAACUAAUGAGACAAGUGAGGAGGAAACAAGAAAUGGAACUCCUGAUCCUGAGAAGUCAAACGGAUCAGAGAACCUCCAGCUGACAGGAAGAGGUGUGGCUGAGGGAUACAUCCGCACUUUGGCUGCUCUGGAGAAAAACAAAGAAGAAGAACGUGGACCGAGAGAUGCAAGGAGGGUAGUGAUGCUGUCUGAAAGGUCUUGGAGUCUUUCUCGUCUUCCUCUUCAAACGAACCCGAGUCAGAAUGGAACCUCAAAAAACACAAGCACAACACUUCCUCUAUGCAAGAAAGAAGAUCCAAUGAAAGGAAGAAGACUGGACCGCAUUCUGCAGAGACAGGACAGCUGGUCCAGCUUUUAUCCAGGAAAACAAGAGGACGAUCAAAGCUCCGAGUCUAUAAAACCUCAGGAUGGUUUCAGUGCUUUGUUGAGGCGUCACGGCGGCUCCAGGAGGAACUCUCUCCUGCGCUGGAGCCAAAGUCGUACCAAAGGUUACAAGAAUAUUGAAAUCACUAAUUUCAGCACCUCCUGGGAGGACGGUUUGGCGUUCUGUGCUGUUUAUCACACAUAUUUACCCACUCACAUCCCUUAUGAUGACCUCAGUCCAGCUGACAAGGAGGGAAACUUGGACCUUGCUUUUAAGACAGGAGAGUCUGUGGGGAUCCCAGCCAGUCUGACAUCAGAGGAGAUGCUGAAGGCGGACGGGCCGGACUGGCAGAGGGUGCUGGAAUACGUCGAAAGCAUUUUCCGUCACUUCGAGAUGUGAAGUUUGUGAUUCGUGUUGCUCUUUAAUCUGUUGGGACUCGGGAGUGAAACGGCAGAAUUCCUUUAUCACCACCAGGGGGCGCAUUUCACACGUCAGGAUUUAAAUGGGUCAGCAGUGUUGGACUUUGCCUUGAUUUUAUGUAAAAUACAGCCUGCUCCCCCCCCCCCCCGGACUCCCAGUGGAACAAACACAGGAGCAGGUUUUAUAUUCUUACAGCAGCUAGGCUGGAUCUGAACAGCUGCUGGGGAAACGAUGUAGGACACCAGAACCUGUAUAGCACCUGCUUUCAUGUUCACCAGGUGCAUUUUGUUCACUAUAUGCACUUCAAAUGAAUCUAAGGAGCACUUUAAUACUGGUUAUGUAGCAUUUAAGGUGGAAUGGUUUAGAAUUUGGUUACCUUUUUUAAUUUAUUUUUAUUCACUGUCCUGGUGUAUUUCCCUGAAACUGCCACCCCAGAAAAGCCUGGGAGCAGAAGUGUGUUUAGGUUUUUAAUAGCUGAAGUACUCGUUUUAAUCCUCUAUGCCAUGUAGAAAUGUAAAUUAAAUGUAUGAAACUGUUUUCAAAUGUAUAAAUUUAAUGAAUAAAGGAUCUAUAUUGAA